AUGCCGGCUUCCGACUACCAGCACAAGCCAGGCGGAUCUCUCAAGCUCAAGGGUGCCGGAGGGGCAGUCGAACCGUCGAAGAAGAAGAAGAAGAAGUCGAGCGCGAGCAAGAAGGCGCGCGACGAGGACCGCGACGCGCCGGCCUCGGCGAGUGGGAGCGGCCAGGAGCGCAGCCAGAGUCCGGCCGUCGGCGGCAGCGGUGGCAGCACGAGCGUCGCCGCCUCGGGCAAGACCGAGGCACAGCGUCGCUUCGAGGAAGUUCAGCGCAAGCGGCUCCUCGAAAAGGCGGCAAAGGCGGCCGUCAAGUCGCACAAGGAGCGUGUCGCUGAGUUCAACGAGAAGCUCGAGAACCUCUCGGAGCACUACGACAUCCCCAAGGUCGGCCCUGGCUGA